GUUGCACACCGAUCGGGUAUGUCAUAUUUCGUUUACGCUUCGAAAAGUAAACAUCGUGUAGCGUACAUGGCGUCAAAUGAUCAACUUAUCCACCUCGCUGCUGGAGGCCUGGGAGGAACAGCAGGAGCAGUGCUGACAUGUCCGUUGGAAGUGGUUAAAACAAGACUUCAGUCUUCCAUCAGUACAUUCCAUUACCCAACAGCAACAUCAACUGCUAGGCCAACAUGUCUUGUGCCCAAAUAUUCGACAUUCCAUCCCGCUGCUAGUGGUACUUUUGUGACAGUUCGAAAUGUUGGGACUAUUGCUAAUGUUUCGGAGGCUGCAUUGGUGCAUGCAAGGAGUCGUUCCCUUGGAUUAUAUUUCUGUCUCAGACAAAUUGUCGUCCAUGAAGGUAUGAAAGGUUUAUUCAAAGGCCUGGGACCAAACUUAGUAGGCGUCAUUCCAUCAAGAGCUAUAUAUUUCUAUUCCUAUGCCAACAUGAAAAAGUUCCUGAACACACGGAUGAACCCUGAUACGUCUCUAGUCCACAUCUAUUCUGCUGUCACUGCAGGUUUCUGUGCGUGUACAACUACCAAUCCAAUAUGGUUUAUCAAGACCAAACUCCAACUUGAUCAGAAGAGAAAGAACUCCUUAACAUGUACAGAAUGCAUCAAGAACACCUACAGAACAUAUGGGAUAGCUGGUUUCUACAAGGGCAUCACUGCUUCCUAUGUGGGCAUAACAGAAACUGUCAUCCAUUUUGUGAUCUACGAAGCUCUGAAGGAGCGAUUAAAAAGCCAGGACAACCUCAGCUAUAACAGAAACGGUGGCGAGGAACCAUUUAUCAACAGCUUCUUUCGUUGUAUGGUCGCUGGAGCCAUGUCAAAAACUGUUGCUACUUGCAUAGCAUAUCCUCACGAGGUGGCGAGAACCCGGCUGCGUGAGGAUGGCAACAAGUACCAGACAUUUAUACAGACAUUAAAACAGGUGUGUAAGGAAGGUGGGGUGAAGGGUAUGUACGGAGGACUCUGUACCCAGCUGGUGCGCCAGAUUCCGAACACUGCCAUUAUGAUGGCUACCUAUGAAGGCGUCUUGUACUACUUCAACCGCAUAAACACGGGGGAGGACACGUGAACCGGAUCUAGUCUGUAUACCAAGGUGCUAUUCCCUGGUCAGUGUUGACCAGUCACACAAGUCUGUAUACCAAGGUGCUAUUCCCUGGUCAGUGUUGACCAGUCACACAAGGCUUAUCACGAUGUGAUGCAAGGAAUUCAGAUUCCCAAGAUCUUUUCAGAACAAUUGACCGCCAUUGAUUCUCAGAUGACUUGAACGGUACUGAUUGGAUGCAAGUCCUGAUAUAAGAGCAGACAGGAACCAAUCAGUCUGGGCAUACGCUGUGCUUUCUUUUGUUAAUGAAGACAAGCAUGAAAUUCUAGUCCAAAACGAACUGUUCAUGUGAUGGUGAUGAGAUGUGACAUUUGUGUGUAAAUCACACUGUUAGCAAAACACUGCUAAGAUCUGGUCUCAGUUAUCAAUUACUGCUAUGCAAUCUCGUUCACUCAAUUUCAUUCUAGUGCAUAAGCUAGUUGAUAAUCUCGGGGGGGGGGGGGGGGGGGGGGGGUUCUGCAAGCAAAUUGUUCAUAUUCCUCCUAAAGUUACAACAUCAAAAGCACUCUAUCAGUCUCGACUCUCAUUGCAUUUAUAAAGAAAAAUGCAUUUUUAUGAUAUAUUUUUUUUAAAAGGUGACGAAAAUUUUGAAUUAGUGUGAAAAUAAUUUUUAAAAAAUUCUAUAAUAUCCAGUAUUUGCAGAGUUGUAUGUGUGUAUAUAGAUUAAAUCAUUUUGUGAUAAAUUUGAGAAAUAAAAUCGUCAAGGUACUGGCAAUUCAACUUUUGAAAAACUAUAGGUGUUAUUAUUAAAUGUGAAUAUGGUAGGUGAUAAAUGAUGAGGCAUUAUAAUUCCACUACAUGUGUUCUUCUAUGUACUGAUCGUCCAAGGGAGACAAUUCAGGGACUGUUGUGAUGUAGAGUCCUGUUUGGCAUUUGCUGAGAAUAACACUCGGGGAAGAUAAACAAUAUGACUGUAAUUGCCACCACAAUGUUAUGAUGUUGAUUCAUUUUUGUUGUCAUAUACUUGUUGUACCAUAGUCUAAGUCAUCAGAAGUGUGUAAAAUCUUACUGCUAGCACUGGAACAACAAGCAAUUUGUGGGUAUUAUGCUGUACAUUUUAUUGAGAUCUCGUAGACUGGAACACCAAGUUAUUUGUGGGUAUUAUGCUGUACAUUUUAUUGAGAUCUCGUAGACGGUACAACAAGUUAUUUGUGGGUAUUAUGCUGUACAUUUUAUUGAGAUCUCGUAGACUGAAACAACACAUCUUUUGUUGUACAUACAUUCUGACUUUUUCUAUUUUCAGUUUCCUUUCAAAUUUUCAAUUUAAAUAGAUGUACAGUCUGUAAACUUUAAAACAAAUUUAAACAUGUUAAAUUGAUAGUGCUUGUCUUGACCUUGAGAUUUAUUAAUAACACAUUAUACUUUUUUCUCGGCUCCAUUAUUCAUACAAAAUUGAUACAAGCAACAUCUUAAAUGAACAUUUAAAUGGAUAUUCUCUAAAAUUUGCAAACACCAGAUGUUAACUUUAAUGUUCCUGACUUGUACCGAUCAGAGUUUUUAGUUUAUAUACACAAAUUUCGAAAUAAUUUUUAAUAACUAUUUCAGAUUUCAAAUUAGGAACAAAAUGUGUGUCAUGCUCAAAUAUGGCAUAAAAACCUGAACAGCCUGUUAAUUUCAAGAACAUGGAAGCUGUUUUAUGUAGGAAAUUGUACAUAAGAGACCACCACCACCAUCUCUAUGGCAGUAUUCUGUUUGUUUUAGUCUUCGUUUACUUUAUGUAGUAUUUCGUUUUACAGUGUUUGUUUCGUGAUGAAACGUUCUUGUUUUCACAUGGUAUUUUCUCCUUCUUUUAGGACAUUUGCAAAACCGAUUCUUUAUGUAAUUUGCAAAACUUAACUGAAGUGUUUGUGAUAUAUGUUGAUACCUACAUUUGUGUAUAUAUAUUGAAUUUACUGUUUGAAUAUUGAAGUCAUGCAAAUAAAAGAAAACAAAAACA